AUGACAACCGCACAAGAGAAUUCGGACAAAAAACAAAGUACAAAAAAUGCGGUUACUCUGGCUGCGCCUGCCGCGAUAGCAAGAUCAUUCACAUUACAAGCUCUUUCCUUAUUUUAUCGAACUCCGAUAAAACUUUUCAGGCCAUUAAGAGUCGAUUAUUUAGUAAUGGCUAGAGCUAUUAUGCCUCCUCCUUCAGAAAGUAGAACAAAAAAUUUAUUCCAUAAGACUAGCCUUGGUAUAAUAUCUAAUGCGGUGAAACAUCAUGGGUUUUCAUUCAUACCUCGUCAUAUCCUACCACCUUUGGUAGCAAAUUCGGUAAUAGGCGCUGUCCUUUUUACGUUUUAUAUUUCUAUUCUUUCCAAAAUUAAUGGUACCUCGUCUUUUGAUACACAAAAUCACAUUCCGCCUCCAUUCCCGGUCGUAUUUUUCUCUGGAGCUAUAGCAGGUGCGGCUCAAUCUCUAGUAGCUGCACCACUAGACUCAUUGAAGGUCAGAUUCGAAGUCAACGAUCUGUUGGAAGGAAAGCAUAAAAAUAUGUAUGAUUAUGCAAAGACAACAUUAAAAGAAUUGGGUUUGGCGAGUAUAUAUCGAGGAGUUGGCUUGACGUUGAUUAAGGACUCAUUAUCUUGUGGACUAUUUUUUGGGAUGUUUGAAUUUGUUAAGCAACAAUCAUCAGGACAUGACCAACAUAUAAAGAGAAUAGAUUCCCACCUCGUUGAUCCUGCUUUUGUACUUGCUGCUGGAGGUAUAGCUGCAGUGUCAUACCAUUUGGUUGACUAUCCACUUGAUAGGGUUCGGAAUGUGUUUUUAAUUGAGGAAGCGCAAUCCGAAUAUCAGCAUGAGAAAAAACCUAAAUUAUAUAAAGUCACAUGGGAACAAUGUAAAAUGAGAGCUCGAAGAAUUGGGUGGUUUAAAUUCUUAUAUGGUGAUUUUGGAGCAGCCGUAUUAAGGGCUGUUCCUGCGACCAGCGUAGGAUUCUUAGUAUUUGAACUAAUGAAGAGAAAAAUUGAUUAA